GUUGGUUCGGUUCAAUAUGGAACCCGAAAUUAAUAUAUUCGGAAAAUCGAUGGGGUGCAUUAGUUCACGUCAUUGACCGUAACAAAUCUUCAAGAAUUUAUAUGCGAUGACCAAUAAAUUUUAACGUGCGGAUAUUAAUAAAUUUCAUAAACAAAUACAGACCGAUGGAGGUUUUAUCUGUUUUGAGACAAUUUUUCUUUCAGUGAUAACGCAUAUCAAAUAACAUUUAAUAAUUGUUUGAGCGAUAAAACGAAGGCAUCGGGCUUUUUGUGUUUGUUUUCGGAUUUUCGGGUUAAAACGUCGCGGUCAUAAAUUUACUCGGCCGUGCUUUUUAAAAAUCUCGAGAUCAGGUGGAUUUUUUUUUCAUUGUGUGGGAACUCAAGUGAAUAUUGUAUCGUACAAAGGCAGAUAACGUCAAUAUGUUCGACUACUUAAUACACAUACUAGCGAUGCUUUUCACAAUUUUCAUCGGGUAUCGUCCCCCCUGGAUCAAGAAGAAACUGCUCCAAAACUUCCCCGCGAAAAAAGACGAACCAAAGGUGAAAACUGUCCGAGACAUACCCGGCCCUUUUUCCCUACCGAUACUCGGAACAAGAUGGCUCUUCACUUUAGGAUUAUAUCAAACGAAUAAAAUCCACUUAUUUUAUGAAGAGAUGCGAGACAAAUAUGGAAGAAUAUUUAAGGAGGAGGCACUCUUUAAUAUCCCCGUCAUCAACAUUUUUGAUAAGGAGGAUAUGGAGAAAGUGCUAAAGAGUGCUGGGAAGUAUCCAAUAAGGCCUCCGACAGAAGCCAUAGCGAAGUAUAGAAGAUCCCAUCCUGAACGCUAUGCUAGUACUGGACUAACUAAUGAGCAAGGGGAGAGGUGGCAUUUCCUACGCACUUCUUUAACGAAUGUUCUUACUAGCCCAAAGACAAUACAUGAUUUCUUGCCAGAAGUAGGGGAAAUAGCAGAUGAUUGGUGCAAUGCCAUAAAACAAAAAAGAAAUAAAGAAGGUUAUGUAGCAAACUUGGACGAGUUGACUGGCAAGCUAGCUCUAGAAGCUACCUGUGCAUUAGUAUUAGGGCGUAGAAUGGGUUUUUUAAUAGAAGGGGAAAAAUGUGAAGCAGCAGAAGGUCUUGCUGAAGCUGUACAUAAAAACUUCAUAGCGUGCAGGGACACGUAUUUCGGAUUGCCACUAUGGAAAUUAUUCCCGACGUCCUCCUACAAAAAUUUAUGCAAUAGCGAGAAGGUUAUUUAUGAACUGGCUUCAGAACUGAUACGAACUGCUGACGAAAACACCAUGGAAAGUCCUGUAUUCCAGUCAGUUCUUAAAGCCCAUAUAGAUGAGAGGGAAAAGAAAUCUGCAAUAGUCGAUUUCUUAGCGGCAGGAAUUUACACCUUAAAAAAUAGUCUGUUGUUCUUACUCUAUCAAGUUGCCAUGAAUCCUGAGUGUCAACAGAAAAUACUGGAUGAUAGUACCAAGGCGUAUCUGAAGGCAUGUUCCACUGAGACCUAUAGGCUCUCUCCUACUGUGAACAGCUUAGCUAGAGUUAUAGAUACUAAUCUCGAGCUAGGGGGCUACCAAAUUCCUGCUGGGAGUGUCAUUCUUUGUCACAGUGCUUUAGCUUGUCAAAAUGAAAUGUAUUUUAAAGAUGCUAAAAAAUUUAGGCCAGAGAGGUGGUUAGAUGAAGAAAAGCAAAAGUCAGCAUCGGCCGCAGGAUAUAUUUUAACUCCUUUUGGUUACGGCAAGAGAAUUUGUCCAGGAAAACGGUUCAUCGAGCAAGUGCUUCCGGUUAUUUUGGAUAAAAUGGUCCAGACGUUCGUCAUUAAUGUUGACCGACCUAUGGAGUUGGAGUUUGAGUUUCUUUUGUCCCCCAAAGGACAUACUUCUAUGCGUUUCGAUGAUCGAACAUAGUAAAACUUUAGGUUAGAAAAAUCAUGUAAAUAUAAGUGAAGAAUAUGUUGGUUUAAUAAGUGUUUUAGUAAUAAUAAGAGAAUUCUUAAAGAGUUUUUUAAAUAUCGCAUUUUUCUUGCCAUAAAAAGUACGUUUUGAAUAAUAACUGAAUAGAUUAAAGCAUUUUUAAUUUUCUUUAAAUUUUAUUUUUUUUUAGGUUAUAUGUAUGUACUUUAAUUUCUAAGACUGAUCCAAUUCUUACUUUUAAAAUAUAUUUAAGUUAAGAUUUAUAAAA